UUUACAUCCACGGUGGGUCAGUAAGGUGGCCCGAGGCAAUACACAUCUAAGGUGAUCCUUCCGAGAUCCUUACGUUAAACACAGCUGACUUGGCUCCAGCUGUCCAAUCGUUUAGAUGUGUGCAUUUCAUAGUGUGUGAGCAGAGAGGCGCCCUCACCAUGUCCUGGUGAUCACUACCCACAAUUAGGCAACAGUUUCUAGUAAAAAUCACCAGUAUUUAUCACGGUGCGGCUCUCAAAAACGUCAGGGCACGAGGUAUUUUUGCUGCAGGCGCCGUGUCUGCCGCACUGCUCGCGGUGCUUGUGUGAUCUUUGUGUCGUGCUUGUGAACUUGUCGUGCCAAGAUCGUGGAUUGUGACCUCUCACAACAUCCUGCUGAGGCCUUCGGGAGCAAGAACUUGGCGUGGCUGGUGCCCGGGCGUAGAGUUGAGGCGCUGGGAAGACGCUGGUUGUGAACUCCGGGCGUGUGUAGUGAGCACGCAGUGACCCUCUGAGGACAGGUCUUGGCCACGCCUUUGGCUGAAACCUGGUUCCUCGUGUGGUCACCUGGAUCCGAACUUAUCCCGGGGCUGCGACCUGGAAUCUUUAGACUUCUAUGCCACCUGGUGUACUUUGCUUGCCCACCGUUUCCCCCAUACCACUGAUCUGGUCAAUACACAGUUUUCUCCCUCGAUUGACACCAACAUACAAGUGCCUUCAGUGACAAAUGUUUUUUGUACCUGACGUUUCGCCUUGUGAUCGCUCAUGAUGCAACACCUCACACGUGCCUCCUCUGUGUACCCGUCCUGAGUCCUGGGUCCAGCCCACCUGUCCUGUGCACCUGCCCUUCCCACCUGACCCUCACCUGUCCCACCCACUAUCUAUCCCGACUCGGUACCCGGGCCAUACCUAUCUAUCGCUAACUGCGUGCUCUACUUGCCUGCCCGUUAUCAGUCGGCUCCGGCGGAGGAUCGCGCCUAGAACCACGUGCUCCGUAAUCGCCUUAUCCAAAGUCUGUCCCGCUGCAUGUCAACUGAUCACCCAAGUUCUGACUGAAGUCCGUCUGUUCUUCCUCACUGACCUGCACCCGCUGUUGUCGUGCCCGUCGGCCCUACCUUGCCCAUUGCCCACCCUCCUCUCCUCGCCCUCUGCUCGCAAAGCCCCAAUUCCCCUUCUUCCCCGACACUGCAAGGCAGCAAUAUGGAGCUUCCUAACGGGCGUCUAGGUAGCCACCACCACCAUCACCACCACCAUAGCCACACGCCCACGCCUCAUAUGCCCGCCCAUCCUCCCGCGCACCACUACCCGGGCCACCUGCCAGACUUCCUUAGGUACCACCAGCCACCGCCGCCCAUGCUGUACCGAACCGUAGAGAAGAUGUGGAGCGGAGGCGCGUCCGGAGGCGGCGGCGGCGGCGGCGGAGGAGGAGGCCUUCCCGGGGGUCUAGGAGGACACCUGGGCGUGUCUGGAGAAGGACAGCCGCCUCACUCUCUGUCCUCCCACGAGUCGCACGACGUCAAGAAGGCAACGCCCACGCCUCCUCCUACAGCAGCCGUAGUAGCCGCAGCGGCGGCGGCGGUUUCUGCAGCCCAGUCGUCGCCCGCAGCGCCCACGCCUAUGGACACCACCUCGCACUUACCCGCCAUGCUCUCCCACCUCACACAAGGGCUGAGCAACCACCACAAUAACCCACACAGGGAUUCCCCGACGCCCACACAACAGCAAGCGCCUCCUAGCCAACCGCCCCCGCCGCCCGCACAGUCUCCUACGCCCAUCCACACGCCGACCCAGGAAGUGCAGAAGAUGAAGUGUAUCACAAGGUCAAGCCCACCACAUCCCCGUCACAGCCCUGACACCGGAAACCACCAGAUGGUAGACAAGGCAAGCAACAUGUCCUGA